CAAUGGAUUUAUAGUAAUUCUUAAUAGCCUGAGUUCUCUGUCGCUGAAUAAUUAAAUCGUUACCAUACUGCUUAAGUUGUUAAACGUUCGUAAUAGAUUGCGAUCUCUUCUGCGUUAACGGAAGUUUUGAAAGAUAAAAUUCGAUCACCAUUGUAUGAUAAGAAUUGUAAAUUCUUCUCAUUGUUCUUUUCGCGCUUAAAAAAUUAGAAACUUGCUAAGUAUAAUAUUUAAACGCACAAGUACUUAAGUAUUUCGUUGUAUCGUAAAUAAUCGGCAGGAAUAAACUAAUAAAUGUUUAGCGAGAGCGAUGGGGUACAUUGUGCACUCAUGAGCGAGUGAUAAGUCAGAUAUUUCAGGUCAAAUGCUUCCCACCACUCCUAUUGCCUCUUUCUUUAUACAGCGUUAACGUUUCUUUAUACUGAUUCGUCACAUAUCAUCGAAAGAAUUAAGUAGAUAUUUGUAACUUAACAUUCCUUUCAAAAUGUUUUCCGAACUUUUCCCAUUUUGGACGAAAUACUGGUAUUAUGUACUGAUCGGUAUUAUUUCUUGUAGCAUUUUAAGAGUAUUUUACGUUAUCUCGAGAAAAAGUGCCGUAUUUAUAAAAAAUGAUAAACGUGAUUUAAAAAUUUUGAAUAAUACUACGGAGCAGCUAGAAGAUAUCAGUGAACAAACAUUAGAAGACAGUGAGGAACCUGCACUACCGAUAGACUUAAAACAUAUUCCAUACAAAUACGCAAAACCCUCAGAAGUAGAGAUGCUUUGUCGAGCUUCUGAAUUUUAUAAAAUUGUAGCUGCUAGAAGAAGUGUAAGAUUUUUCAGUCCAGACCCUGUACCAAACGAAGUCAUACGUGAUAUAAUAAAAGCUGCAGGUACAAUAUUAUGUAAUUACAUUCACAAAACUCCUUAUACAUCUGAGUCUAUUUUAGGCACUGCGCCUAGUGGUGCACACACAGAACCAUGGACAUUCGUAGCGGUAUCAAAUCAAAAAGUGAAAGAGCAAAUACGAUGUAUCAUUGAAACAGAGGAAGAAGUAAAUUACAAAAAAAGAAUGGGAAUCAAAUGGACAACAGAUCUGCUUCCAUUAAGAACCAAUUGGAUAAAAGAAUACUUGACUACUGCUCCUUAUUUGAUACUCGUGUUUAAGCAAACAUAUGGAAUUUUACCAAACGGACAAAGAAAAGUUCAUUAUUACAAUGAAAUAAGCACAUCUAUCGCGUGUGGUGUUCUCCUUACCGCUAUACAAUAUGCAGGUUUGGUAACUCUGACUUCUACUCCUUUAAAUUGUGGACCUGCUAUCCGCAACCUUCUUGGACGUCCUCAGAAUGAAAAGCUUGUUGUACUACUGCCAGUUGGAUAUCCAGCAAAGGAUGCUACUGUGCCUGCCCUUCAACGCAAAUCUCUAACUGAUAUUUUAGUAGAAAUUGAGUGACACACAUAUAAUAACAAAAUCUACAUAAUAUUCCAUCGGAAUAUUUGCUGUUUGUGAAAUAAUAUGAAAUGAGCACACGUAACCGUAAGUUUAUA